CCUGGCUGGCUGGAGUGCCGGAACUGGAGCGAGUCGGCGGUGCCUGAUGGAGCCUCCGGUGGCUCCUGCCGCCGCCAGCCCGGGCAGAGUCGUCCAGCUGAAUGGGGCUGGCCUGGAGGGGUUCUGCCUGCCGGCCACCAUCCUGCCCCAGGUGCAGCCGUCUUUCCUGGUGGCAGAUGCCACACCGGCCCCUGAGCCCACCCAACCGCGGGAGACGUGGGGAGGGAAGUACGAAUUCCUGCUCUCCUGCCUGGGAUACUGCGUGGGGCUGGGGAACGUGUGGAGGUUCCCGUAUCUCUGCUAUCGCAACGGAGGCGGGGUCUUUCUGAUUCCCUACACCAUCAUGCUGGUCUUCACGGGCCUGCCUCUCUUCCUGAUGGAGCUCAGCCUUGGCCAAUAUGGGGCCACCGGACCCAUCAGCGUCUGGAAGUGCUGCCCCCUCUUGAAAGGGAUCGGGGUCGGGAUGUUGGUGGUCUCCUCGCUGGUCUCCCUCUACUACAACGUCAUCAUCGCCUGGACCCUCUACUACUUGAGCAUGUCCUUCCAGAGCCCCCUGCCCUGGUCCUGCGACGCCCCCCACAACCGCCCCCUCUGCCAGGCUCAGAACGGGACUUUGGUGAGCAGCCGCCCGUCCAGCGCCAGCGAGGCCUUCUGGAACCAGCGGGUGCUGGGCGUGGUGCACAGCUCCGGCCUGGGCGACCCCGGCCCCGUGAGGGGGUCCCUGGCGCUGUGCCUGCUGCUGGCCUGGGCCCUCAUCUUCCUCUGCACCCUGAAGGGCAUCCGCAGCUCGGGCAAGAUUGUGUACUUCACGGCCACCUUCCCCUACGUGGUCCUCGUGGUGUUGAUCAUCCGGGGAGCCACGCUGGAGGGCUCCAUCGAGGGCGUCCGCUUCUACCUCUCCGCAGACUGGAGCCGCCUGCAGAGCGCCCAGGUCUGGAACGACGCAGCCUCGCAGAUCUUCUACUCGCUGGGCAUCGGCUUCGGGGGGCUGCUCUCCAUGGCUUCCUACAACAAGUUUGACAACAACGUGAUCAGGGACACGCUGGUGAUUGGCAUUGGGAAUUGCUGCACCAGCUUCUUCGCGGGCUUUGCCAUUUUCUCCGUCCUUGGGCACAUGGCCUGGCGGAAGAAGGUCUCUGUCGGAAGGGUGGCAGAUUCAGGACCCGGACUGGCUUUCGUGGCCUACCCCGAAGCCCUGGCUCUGCUGCCCGGCUCCUUCUUCUGGUCCAUCCUGUUCUUCCUGAUGCUCCUCACCCUGGGGGUGGACACGCUGUUUGGAAACAUGGAGGGCAUCACCACGGCAGUGAUGGACGAGUUCCCGUCCCUGCGCAGUUGGAGGCGCAAAGUCCUGUUCCUGGGAGGGCUCUGCUUGGCCUUCUACCUGCUGGGCCUCCUGCUGAUCACAGAGGGCGGCAUAUACUGGUUUACCCUCAUCGACGCCUACAGCACCAGCUUCGGCCUCAUCAUCGUGGCUCUCUUCAUGUGCCUUGGGGUUGCCUUCUUCUACGGGGUGAACCAGUUUUGCCAACACAUCGUCGACAUGAUCCGGCAGUACCCACCCUGGUGCAGCCAGCUGGUGCCGUACUUCAAGGCCUGCUGGGUGAUCUUCACGCCAGGGAUGUUGCUGUUCAUUCUCUUCUACAUCUUCCUGGACCUGUCGGGCACCACACUGCACUACGGAGCGUACCGGUUCCCACGGUGGGGCCAGGCGCUGGGCAUCUGCAUGGGGGUGCUGAGCUGCAUUCAGAUUCCGCUUUGGGCUGGCAUCGCUCUCUGCGAGGAGUCCGGGACGCUGGUUGCUCGCUUCAGGAAAGCCGUCCGUCCUCGGAGUUCCUGGCGUUCUGCCAGCAGCCGUGAGCUGCCCCACCAGGUCAUCGACGUUCCCUACACCGUCAACUUGACGGACAGCGACUUCGUAGGAGGUUGGCAGCUGCCAGAUCGCAGCGAGGCCUGAUGCUGCGGCCAACGCAGGAGGAGGCAUCUAUGCCGGUCCACUUAAGGCUUGGACCCGACCAGCCAUUUUGCUGUCCCUUGGAGGGGGUUGCGGUAAAAGCAACGGUGCAGGAGAGACGCUGCUGCCACUGCUGACUGACAGGGCCAGCCUGGAGGCUGCUGGUGCCCCCAGGCCCUCUCCCCACGAGAAGCCCAGGGGCCGGGCCACAGCCAUCGCUGCUCCACUCCCCGAUCGGGCCGCGACUCUUGGCUCCAGCGUCUUUUCAGGGCAGCUCUGCCCCGUCUCCGAAAUCGAAGAGGCCACCCUCCACUGCUGCUUUGCUGCCCUGUGGCACUCCCCCUCACGCACCCGGAGCAUGGGAAGUCCUCAACUUAAGACCACAAUUGAGCCCAAAGAGUUUAUUGCUAAGCAAGACAGAUGUUAAGUGAGUUUUGCCCAAUUUACCACCUUUCCUGCUCAAUUGUUAAGUGAAUCACUGCAGUUUUUAACUUAGUAACACGGACGUUAAGUGAAUCUGGCUUCCCCAUCGACUUUGCUUGUCAGAAGGUUGCAAAAGGGGAUCACAUGACCCCAGGAUAGUGACCGUCAUAAAUACACGCAUUGUCCAAAUUUUGAUCACGUGACCCUGGGGGAGGCUGCAACUGUCCUAAGUGUGAGAAACGGUCAUGUCACUUUUUUCAGUGCUGUUGUAACUUUGCUCAUUUACUGCAUGGCUGUAAGUCGAGGACUUCCUGUACGCCUUCUCCGCUUUCCCUACCUUUGGCUCGCUCAGGACCUCCCCUCGGAUUCAGCUCACCUGGUGCCUCCUUUCCACCUUGGCCGGAGGUGCCCUGGGCUGGCUCAGCCUCUCGUGCAGCGGCACAAGACAAAGCGGCAACAUCUGCCUGCAGCCCACAGCUGAGUUACAGAAGGACAGGAAUGUCCAGGGACAACGGGCAUUUUGGGCUGGCCCCCCUGGACGGACAUAACCCCACAAUUUUUCUAAAGGGUCUUCUUACGGUGCUCCCUGGGCCCACUCGGGCUGCAGUGAAGGCUCUACACAAUCUUGCCAAGUGUGCCCUCCCUCCUCCCCAGACGUGGGGGCAUUAUAGAGCACUGCCCUUUGCAAAGGGUGAAGGGGAGAACCAAACUCAUACAAAGUCCGAGCAUUUUUACGGGCCCUUCUGGAAACCAGACAAAUAAAGCUGUGGUGCCUGUGUGGAGAGGGCAGGGA